UCACCACCUCUGUCUCAUAGCAACCAUCCAAACAAAGGCACUUUCCCGAGUGACAAUGCGGAAGUGUAACAUCUCGAAGUCAGACCAUGGAAGCAACAUGGCCCUCACAGCGGUGGCUUUCCAGGACCACAUAGCCAGAACCCUGAUGCACAGCCUGUCGAUACGAGACCCGGUGAGGGAGAAGAACCUGAGGGGGGGUAGAGGUAGAGGUAGAGGCCAACGACAGUGCCAAAGAAACAGGCACACAGGCGGCGACAGCAGGCCGGCACAGCAAACCCAGUGCCACCACCAGCACCAGGCUCAGAGGUCAUCGGAGGGGAGAGAGUACGUCUUGGACCCGGCGCCUCCGCCACUUACUCUGGCCCAGCGUAUGGGUCUGGUGGAGGCUCCGGAGAGGAGGCUGUCGGAGACGGAGUGGGAACAGGUGAAGAGGCGCUCCGUUCAGGAGGGAGACUCCUCGCAGCCCUGCGUCAUAUGCAGAGAGCAGUUCCGACUGCAGCCACAGGUGCUGCUCUCCUGCACUCAUGUCUUCCACAAAGCGUGUCUGAAAGCCUUUGAGCGCUACUCAGGCCGGAAGUGUUGUCCCAUGUGCAGGAGGGAGCAGUACGAGACACGCGUCAUCCACGAGGGCGCUCGCAUCUACCGCCACCAGUGCAUCGUCAGGAUCCAGGCAUGGUGGAGAGGCUGCAUGGCUCGGCGGUGGUACCGAGAUGUGCGAAGGACCGUCCCUCCAAAAGACAAGCGUCUCAGACAGCAGUUCUUCGAGAACAAGCUUCAGGAGAUGAGCGACAGCUUGGUGCAGGCGUGCCACACGGACACAGAGGCCUUCCUCAAUGCCAUCGAGAGCUCUGUGGCCCAGAGCCGACUGGUCUUCCAGGAGAUGGAGGAGACUACUACUAGUGCUGCUGCUGCUGCUGACCCCACUGCUGCUGACGCCACACCACCACGGCCGCAGGACUGGGAGCAGAUACAGGAACAGGCAGUGCAGAGAGAGACCCGGGACUGCCCCAUCUGCCUGACUGCUCUGUGGCCCCCCCACAGGAGGAGCAGGAGGGGGGCAGGCAGGGAGCCCCGCCCCCGGCGGCUGCUGCUGCUGUCCUGUUCGCACCUCUUCCACCAGCCCUGCCUGGAGGCCUUCGAGCUCUUCUGCCCCGACACCUGCCCCACAUGCCCCCUCUGCAGGGCCGCCUACACCAAGCGCCUGCUCUGACCUGACACGCUGCUGCUAGAAUUAGUGCAUUGAAUCCGCAUUGAAUUGUGUUAUUCCAGUUAUUAUAUUAUUAUUACCGGCAAGCGUCUGCUUUGAGUGUCUGCUUUGACCCUCCUACCUCUAGUCUACAUUGAAUUGUGCCACACAAAUACAGUUAAUAUAAUUAUGAAUUAUUAUCUACCAUCCGCCAUCCACAGUCUUAGCCCUCUGAGGUCC